AUGGAGCUUCAAAUUCCCACUGUCACUAUUGACGACUUACGCGCCUUUCAUGCGCAACACUUUCCACACGCGCCCGCACCAGAACAAAUACUGCACGGCUUCGAGCCGGAAGUAGAAGCGGCUGAAGAGUACUACGACGAAGCAGACGAUGGGCUAGGCUACUACCCUGAUGGCACGAAGCGCACCCUGACAGACGAGCAAAUUGCCAUGUUCCGACAUUCGGAAAUUCAUGCUAUGCUCCGCAAACGGCGGCUACAAAAAGAGAACGGCGAGAUCUCCGAUGACAAGGCUGUCCCUGCGAGCCCAGCAUCGUCUUGUUCUCCAACACAAGAAGGCUCCUCACACAUGGCUGCCGAUGUCGACCAGACGCAGCCUGAUAAGCCUGCAGGACCGAAGAAGCAACAGUGGGCGACUACUAGUGCAACGACCAAAGCCAAGAAUAAGAGAAAGCGGGAUAGAUACGCGAAAAGGAGAAAAGAAAUAAGGCUUGAGAGAGGCUUGCCGCGAAGAAGGAGUGGCCGCGAUGGCGCAGAGAGCGGUGACAGUGACGACGGGAGCGACGAGUGGGAUGCCUGGCAUCAGGCUAACGGACCCGAUGUGCAAAAGGAUGAUACUCUCGAUCUCGACUAUUGA